CUUUGCUAACCAUCACCCAAUAUGUGAGCCGCCGAGGUCUGCAUGGCAACAUUGCCAUCGCGAUACUAUUAUAUAGGUGACUUGGACCAGAUGGCGCAGUCGCCACCACUGCAAGGCGUGCGGGUGCUGGAGUUCGCUGGGCUGGCACCCGGGCCCUUUGCCGGUCUUCUGCUCGCAGAUUACGGUGCGACUGUCCUCCGUGUCGACCGCGCUCAUCCUCAAGCCCAUACUUCUAACCCGCCUCCACCGACGUCCGACCAACUUACACGGCGCAAGGCGAGCAUCUGUGUAAAUACCAAAUCACCAUCUGGAAUCGCGUUGAUCAAGUCACUCAUACCGCAUGUUGAUGUGGUUAUAGAUCCCUUCCGUCCAGGCGUAUUGGAGAAGAUGGGCCUAGACCCGGAGGGAGUACUGCUGCAGCUCAAUCCCCGUAUCAUCGUCGCGCGUAUGACAGGCUUUCGCCGUGACGGCAAGUACAAAGACAUGGCUGGUCAUGAUAUCAACUACAUAGCUGUCUCCGGUGUCCUGUCCAUGCUGGGCCGGCAGCAUGAGAAGCCGUAUCCGCCUGGCAAUGUGGUUGGGGACUUUGCGGGCGGCGGAGCGGUGUGCUUUAUGGGUGUCCUUUUAGCUCUACUCCAACGAGAGCGGACAGGCCUGGGCCAGGUAGUUGAGGCUAACAUGGUGGAUGGGUCAGCAUUUAUGGCUUCAAUGCCCAGAUUUGGGACGAAAACGCCGUUCUGGAGUGGUCAGAGAGGGACCAAUAUUUUGGACGGGGGUUGUCCUUACUAUGACACCUACAAGACGAAGGAUGGCAAGUACAUGGCUGUUGGGGCUUUGGAGCCACAGUUCUUCACUGCGAUGCUCAAAGGUCUUAGCAUUGAUCCGAAAGACCUUGGUGGCGACAGGACGGACAGCAGCACGUGGCAGAAACAACGAGAGCUGUAUACUGUACGCUUCAACGAGAAGACUCGCGCGGAGUGGGAAAGUGUCUUCGAUGGCACCGACGCAUGUUGUACGCCGGUCCUGACGCAGCGAGAACUGGAAGCUAGCAGCUUCGAUCAAAGGCCAGUCGUGACGCUGAAACGUUCGCCGGGUCUUGCAAUACAUCAGUCGAGGUCUGAAGGCCGACCGCUAUCACGAGGACAAGGUGGCGGCGUCGAAGGCAGUGGAUGGGAUAGCAAAGGCUUGAGACCUGGCGUUGGAGGCGAGUCGGUCCUGGCAGGGUGGGUAGGAUGGAAGCGAGGGGCGCAGUAUACAAUCCAGAACGGCGGACUUGAGUAUGUUGAAUUCGUCAGUCGAGCGAAGUUAUGACAUUCACGAUCAGUUUUGGAAGUCAACAACGAUAGCGAUGUAUGAGGUAGUGGAAAGGAAAUGACUAUGCAUGAUUCAUUUUCUGUUGCAUGAUAAAACUUUUGUACAGGUCAUACAAUAUUCUAGCAAAGAGGCACGAAGUCUCUGUU